UUUUGUGCAUAUAUUAUGUGUUGAGUAUUUGCCAUUGAUUCAUUCAGUUUCCAUCACUUACUCUAUUAAUCACGGGUUACGGGUCGGUACACGGUCAUCAUAUGACCUGUCAGUGAGGCAUAUGACAGAGCAGCGACUGUAAAAAUAACAAAAUGAACUAAUUGCAAAAUGGUAUUAGAAACUGAAACUGAUCAGAUUUGGUAAUUAUAGAGCCAAUUUACCUUUUUUUGUUGUGAAUUCCAACAUUCUCCCACACUCGACUGAUGACACUUUUAUUUCGUCGCUUCCUUUAACGCUUUAUUCUGUCAUAAACUUCACGUCCCAUGGUGCAACACGGCGUAGGCGAGUGGCUUCUCUUUUUGUUGCAAUGGAGCUCUUGUGCCUCGAUAAAAUGAAGGAACAAAAUAAAAUACAAAACGAAUUCGUAUCUGCUUUAAAAACAAUGCUACUGGUCAAUUUUGAGAACGAGUGGAGUAUUUUUAAUCAGGCGGGGUCCUCGUGUUUCGGGGUCAGUUGAACAGUAGUAAAGUUUGUGGGAAACCAGCGCAGCCUCUCCCCGCGGACAACCGCAGUAGUUUGCUGCUGUGGAGUUUAGUCAUUGGCUGACUCUUUUAAGAUGGUGUCAAGCAUGGAGACAGCCCGGGUCAUCUGGUGUGUCCUGGUCGCGAUUAUAGCUUUUAUCCCGGCGAAGGUUUUGGUGUUGGCCGCCUUCUCCCAGUCGCUGGACAGCGACUUCACGUUCUCGCUUCCCGCUGGACGAAAGGAGUGUUUCUACCAAACUAUGAAGCAGGAUGCCUCCCUGGAGAUUGAAUAUCAGGUACUAGAUGGAGCUGGUCUUGAUGUGGAUUUCUUCAUCUACUCUCCCUCUGGCCAAAUCCUCUUCAGUGACUAUCGCAAGUCCGAUGGAGUGCACACUGUUGAAACUGAGAACGGCGACUACAUGUUCUGCUUCGACAACACCUUCAGUAAGAUGUCGGAAAAACUUGUCUUCUUUGAGUUGAUUCUGGACAACAUGGAUGCUGAUGAAGAUCCUGAAGACUGGAAGGAGUAUGUCCAUGGGACAGAUGUGUUGGACAUGAAGCUGGAGGAUAUUAUGGACACCAUCAACAGUGUCAAGGCUCGACUAGGGAAAAGUCUACAGAUCCAGUCUGUGCUGCGAGCCUUCGAGGCUCGCGACAGGAACCUGCAGGAGAGUAAUUAUGACACUGUUAAUUUUUGGUCUGUGAUCAACCUCAUAGUCAUGAUGUUGGUGUCGGCCGUUCAGGUUUACUUGGUUCGAUCGCUUUUUGAGGAUAAAAGGAAAAUCCGCACAUAAUUUACAGGUCACGCUAACACAGAAAAACAAUGAUGGCUCUGGAAUAUUUUCAGAAGCUCUAAUGGCUCAAUUGACAACAAACACGUGGACUGUUGCUGCUUUUCAAGUCACUGGAUUUUUGGGGGACACCUACAUCACACAAGAAUUUGGGACAUUAUUUCUUAUUUUUUACUUUUUGCCAUGUAAAUAGUGUUUCCUCAAACUUGUGGCUGCUGGAAGAUCCGACUUGUGUCGUAGAAACAAACAAUAAUGUUGCUCUGUUGUGUUGACUUUUCUAACUAUGACAAGAAUUCUAUGAAGAAUUUGGGUGGUGGUGUAUUUAAUAUUCCACCGUUCAUGCAGUUUUGUUUGUCUCCCAACCAUAUACAUUAUUCCCAUCCAUUCUUAAAUCACUCACUUUGCAGUGUAUCCCAUCAAUGACCAAGAGUUUCUGGUCCUAAAUCUCUGUCUGGUCGCCAGAAUAUGCUGGGGGUCUGUUGUGAAGUUCUCUGGCUAUUGCCUCUGGUCCAUUUAUAGUUCCUUAGUGUGUGUGCAGUCUGCCUCUGGGCCUGGUGACACAAGGUCUAUUUCUAAUUUGCUGACAAAGCAAAGGUCAUUGCAGCUAGAAAACUGCCAUGUGUCUAAUUUUUGCCAUCACAUUAUGUAACAUUCUCACAGCUGGUGACUGCACUACCACUGAUGUCAUGGGCAUAGAGUCUCUGUUAAGGUCUGUUACUGGUGACAAGUGCUCUACAUUUGUUACUUCAUGUGAGAUGAUAAUGUUGCUGAAAGGAAUUGCCUCUAGGAAAAGUCUAGAGUAAAUGCCACAGUGAAACAAAGCUGUUGAUGCAUCUUUAAAUGUGACUUUGCUGCCAGGACUGUACAGUAUGUGGGAUCGCGAUUAACUUUGACUAACACAUUGCUUCAGAGAGAGGCUACAGUUGAAAUGUUGUAGACUUCUUCCACAGAACUGAAUUCUGAGCAAUUUCUUAGCAAUUUGUUACAUUAUGUUUUAGAAAAGAGAAAAGAAAAGAGAUCAUAUUUUUAAAGUAUUUCUGUUACUGUCACUGGUCAUAUUUGAUUCCACAACACCAUGUUGUCCACGGACUACGACAUUCAAUAUUUAUUGAUGUGAUGUACUGUUAUUGUAAAUAAAUGAUGAUUCCGA